AUGGGUGCCAAGACACUAGUUGUUCCAGGAAACUUUCCAGUUGGAUGCUCUGCAUCCUAUUUGACAGUUUGCGGUUCGGAGAAAGAAGAGUAUGAUCAUGUGACCGGAUGCCUCGUUAGGUUAAACCAGUUUGCUGAAUACCACAACAAAUUGCUACAAACAAAAUUAAAGCAAGUUCAAGAUCUUCAUUCUGAUGUCAACAUCUUCUAUGCCGAUUACUACAAUGCUGCCAUGGAAAUCUACCUUUUUCCGUAUAAAUAUGGGUUCACCAACGGAGCUUUGAAGGCAUGUUGUGGAGGUGAAGGGCGGUAUAAUGUCGAUCCAUCAGUGGAAUGUGGAGAUGCAUCUGCAACCGUGUGUGAUGAACCCGAUACAUAUGAGUUGGGUCAUUAG